UUCAGCGGUGGAAGGAGAAGCUUCCAUUGUGAAUGAACUUCGGGGAGAGCUUCACCAGGCUCAGCAGCACCUGCAGCAGAUGAGAACCCAGCUCUUAGCUGCAGAGGAAGAUGCACAGCUUCACGCACAGGAUCUCUCAACAGUAAUUGGAGAAUUACAGUCUUAUAUGGCUGGAGAAUUUUCUUUAGCUGAUGCUGUAAGAGAACUGAAAGAAGUCCGAAGCCAAGUUCGAAUCAGGGACUCGCAGAUUGUGCAACUGACAACUCUUGUAAAUGCACUUCAGAUCAACAUAAAUGAUCUCAUUGAAGAGAAUGGUGAACUUAGAGAACAGUUGAAGCUUGAGCCUCGUGAGGACAUUGAUCUGCCCGGGGUGAACAAAACCAACUGGCAGAACAGCAAAAAAAUCAUAGAGCAUCUCACGAAUCAAGUCAACAAGUUACAGGAUGAGAAAGUCACACUUCGCACAAAGAUUUAUGAACUGACCCGUGAAUUGUCCAAUACCAAAGGGUCUCUACAGCUGACAAAUUUGGAAGUACCUAAAGCCUUCAUUUCAGGUGACACAUCAAGGCUUCAGAAUCAGUCAAUAAAUGAGCAACUUAACCAGCUUAGUGCAACAGUCAAUCAACUAGUUCAAGAGCGAGAGGAGCCUAGAGAAAGUGACCUGCAGUCUCAACUAGAAGAGCUUAAUGAAAAAUGUCUCAGAUUGGAAGGAGAAAAGUCAUCGCUGGAGAGAAUAAUUCAUAGUGAAUGCAUGAGAAAAGUAGCUGACAGAGAGAAGAGUUGUGAGAGUUGUUGCAGUGCAGCCAGCAGCACCAAGGCAUUACAGAAGGUGUCACAUCAACCCAACAAACCUGCCUUAGAAGCGCUGCAUGAACUAAUAGCAACCUUAGGCCAGCUGCCACCCUCAGCUGAAGAAAUUAUUGCUAAACUCAAGAAUCAAGUACAUUAUUUGAUUCAAGAGUGCAGUAAGAGAGAGGAAGAGCUUAGCGACAAAGAGAGAACAUCACUUAUUUACACCAAUCAGUUUGAAAGUCUUCAUGCCCAAGUUUCAGAUCUUAAUACAAUGCUUGCUUGUGAGCAAGAGAAGUGGUUAGCAGAGAAAAAGCAACUAGAGAAUUCUCACUCUCUUCUUGAGGAUGAAGUAACAGCUUUAAAAGCUCAAACUGAAGAGUUACACUCAACCAUUGACACAAUAUCUGCUGGUUGCCCAGAUGUGGAUGCAAAGAUUUAG